GAAAUCCGGUUGCUGUGCAUACACAGGGCAGCCCGGGAAGGCAAGCCCUUUCCUUUGUCCCGGGGAGGCAAGAGGCGCGGCGCCCCAUGGCCUCCCGCGUACACGCGUAACGUGAGAACGAUAAAGCGGGGAGCUUGCGGCCCCCCCAGGCCAUGUCUACAGAGAGCUCCCCUCUGCUCAGCUACCGGCUCUUCCGGGUCUCUAGCGAGGGCGAGAUGCCGGGGGGCGGCCAGGAAGAGGCCCCCCUGGUGGUGGGGGUGGCGGGGUCGGCCACAGGGAGCUCCCACCAUGACCCGGCCCGGCAGCUGUCGACGUUCUUCGGGGUCAUCGUCCCCACGGUCCUCUCCAUGUUCAGCAUUGUGGUCUUCAUGCGUGUGGGGUUUGUCAUCGGCCACGCAGGCUUCCUGCAGUCUCUCCUUAUGUUGGUGGUGGCCUAUGUCAUCAUUUCCUUGACCGUCCUGUCCGUCUGCGCCAUCUCCACCAAUGGAGCGGUCCAGGCAGGCGGGGCUUACUUCAUGAUCAGUCGGACCCUGGGCCCCGAAUUCGGUGGCAGCAUCGGGCUCAUGUUCUACCUGGCCAACGUCUGCGCUUGCGGAGUCUAUGUCCUCGGGCUGGUGGAAGCCAUUCUGGACGACUUCGGAGCAGAUGGAUCCGACCCUCCCGGGGCAAAGGCUCUCCCCCAGGGCUACCUGUACAGCUUCCUCUACGGCUCGGUCGUCCUCCUGGUCUGCCUCCUGGUCUGCCUGGUGGGGUCCCACAUCUACUCCCGGGCGGCCUUCUUCAUCUUCCUGGUGGUCAACGCUGUCCUCAUCACCAUCUUUGCCAGCUUCUUUGCCGUGUCGCCUCGGGAGAUCGCGGUCUCCCGGGACGGGAACCACAGCUUCAACGCCUCCUUCACCGGGUUCAACGUCUCCACGCUCAGGGACAACAUGUAUGCCAUGUACUCUCGCGAUUACACCACCAACAACAUCAUGUCCUUCGCCACCGUCUUCGCCGUUAUGUUCAACGGCUGCACGGGCAUCAUGGCUGGGUCCAACAUGUCAGGGGAACUCAAAAACGCCAGCAGCUCCAUCCCGAAAGGGACCAUCAUUGCCGUGGUCUACACUUUUGUCAUCUAUUUCCUUCUCUUCUUCAUGACCAGCUUCACCUGCGAGAGGGCUCUGCUGAAGGGGGACUACGGCUUCUUCCGGGCUAUCAAUGUAUGGCCGCCCUUUGUGUUGAUCGGCAUCUACUCUGCGUCGCUCUCGGCAUCGAUGAGCAACCUCAUUGGCGCGUCGCGGAUCCUCCACGCCCUGGCAAAGGACGACCUGUUUGGAAUCGUCCUGGCUCCGGCGAAGAUUGUUUCCAAAGGGGGCAACCCGUGGGUGGCCGUCCUCUACACCUGGGCGCUUGUGCAGCUGGUCCUCUUCGUCGGGAAACUGAACACCAUCGCCAGCAUCGUCACCGUCUUCUACCUCGUGGCCUAUGCCGCCGUGGACCUGGCCUGCUUGGCGCUGGAGUGGGCCUCCGCCCCCAAUUUCCGCCCCACCUUCCAGGUGUUUUCGUGGCACACCUGCCUCCUGGGCAUCGUCUCCUGCCUGGUGAUGAUGUUCCUGAUCAGUGCGGCCGGCGCCUCUGGCAGCCUGGGGCUCAUGCUGCUGCUCCUGGGCUUCAUCCACCUGCGCUCCGCCGCUUCCUCCUGGGGCUACAUCAGCCAGGCCCUCAUCUUCCACCAGGUCCGGAAGUAUCUGCUCCUCCUCGACAUACGGAAGGACCACGUCAAAUUCUGGCGGCCCCAAAUCCUCCUUAUGGUGGCCAACCCCCGGGGCAGCUCCCAGCUCAUGAAGUUUAUCAACCACCUCAAGAAAGGGGGCCUCUUUGUCCUGGGGCACGUGGAGAUUGGGGACCUUGACACGAUGCCCUCCGACCCCAUCCAAGCCCACUACAAUUUCUGGCUGAGCCUGGUGGACAAGCUAAGCAUCAAGGCAUUCGUGGACCUCACCCUCUCGCCUUCGGUCCGCCAAGGGACACAGCACCUCCUCCGGAUCACCGGCUUGGGAGGGAUGAAACCCAACACUUUGGUCCUCGGCUUCUACGACGACUGCGUCCCGGAGGAUUACUUCCUGCAAGACCCGGCCUUCAGCCAAGCGCGGGAGAACGACGAGUUCGGCGUGGACCUGCCGGCCCUCCAGGCCCACUUCCCACCGGUGAGGGAGGCGGAGAGCCAGCGGGCCUUGAGACCCUCCGAGUACGUGGCCAUCAUCUCCGACGCGGUGAAGAUGCACAAGAACGUCUGCCUGGCGCGCUACUUCCACCUGCUGGAGAAGGACCUGCCGCCCUCGUCUUCGUCAACCUCUUCCAAGCGCCGCUUCGAGGGCCGCUACAUCGACGUGUGGCCCCUCAACCUCCUGCGCCCCAACUCGCCCACCUACGUGGACAUCUGCAGCCUCUUCCUCCUGCAGAUGGCCUGCAUCCUCACCAUGGUCAGCUCCUGGAAGGCCGCGAGGCUCCGCAUCUUCCUCUGCGUGGAGUCGGGAGACGUGGGCUGGGUCGGCAAGGAGGAGAAGCUGAGGGAGCUCUUGACCAAGCUGAGGAUCAAGGCCACCAUCAAGAUCGUCACGUGGGACCAGGUGGUGGCCCUCCACGGCCACCCCCAGCAUGCCGCGGGGCCCCGGGGGACCCCGAGAGGCCGGCUUCCCUCCGGGGCCGAGAAACCGGCGAGAGAGACCUACCUGAACGCCGCCACCUUCCAGGUGACCGACGAGUAUUUGGCCUCCGUCAACGACCUGCUCUUGAAGCAAGGGGGGCAGACGGCCGUGCGCUUCCUCUACCUCCCGCGCCCCCCGGCCGACACCUCGCAGUACGAGCGCUACCUGGAGCAGCUGGCGAUCCUGACCACAGAUCUGGGGCCCACUAUGCUCAUCCAUGGCCUGACGCCCGUCACCUGUACGGAGCUCUGAGGAGGACCUGGGGUUUGGCAGGGGCAGAGGGGUGGAAAUUCUAGGUGGUUUUGUUUCUGUUUCUGUUUUUUUUACAAAAGAAAUAAGGUGCCUUGUCUCUCGAGAGUGAAGUGAGUGGUGAGAAAAUUUGCCCUGGUGGUUUUGGAGAGGUGCCUUUGGGAAGGGGCAGAGAGGACCUUGCAAGUCCCGGGUAGAUUUUGGGAGUCUUGAGUGAAGGCCCAGCAAGCUUGAAGGGGGCGAAGAGAGAGGUUGGGCAGGGGCUGCUUCUUUUUAUGUUUUUAAGGAGAAGAGCUCCCCUGCACAGACACACACGGUUCGGGAAUGCCUUCAUAGCCGCAACAUGUAGCAGAGGCCUUGGACCAUCAGAAUCUGGUAGACAGGGCAGUUCUUGCACGUAUAUAUUUCCCUUGCAACCUGUCCUUUGCAAACUGCUCCAUCAGGAUUCAUAUGAGACGCACAGACUGGUUUGCCAUGGAUUCUUCUCCCACACAGACACCUCCUCAGGGAAAACAGGAAAACGAAGGCAGUCCCCAACACUAGCAAUAGGGUGGCCUUUUUGCUGCUAGGCUCUAAGAUUUGCUCCUUCAGGCAACGCCCCUGCAGCCUUACUCCUGAAAUUAGAAACGGUGGAUUGGGCCCCCAGUCCACUUGUUCAGCGCAUGCUACCUUGACUCUAGGGCCACAUUCACACCAAUUAAACCACGGUGAUAUCACUUUAAACAGGUAUGGCUUCCCCGGAAGAAUCCUGGAAUCUGCGGUUUGUUGGGAAACCCCCUAUUACACA